AACCCAAUCUACAGGCGUGACUCAUGAAUUUCUGAUAUAUAGCUCUUCUGAGAUAUAUAUAUAUAUAUAUUAUUAUUAGAAUUGUUUUUAUAAAUGGCAACUGUACAUAAAUCUAUAUGGACGUUGAAACGCUUUGGACGUUUUUUGCCUGGGACCAAAGAAGACGGCGGUAAUCCAUGGAAGAUGUUUGAGCCCAGUGAAAGCGCGGGUGAAUUGGUGCUCACCAUUGUGGAAUCUGGUCAUAUGUUGGUGUCCCAAGGCCACGAUCUUCUGGAUGGGUUUUCCUUGCUUGAUGCUCCAAGCUACCUCAAAGUUCAGCAGAAAUCAGAUACCCUGCUGUUCCGUCUGACUGUUAAGGGGGAGAGUCGUCUGAUCAGGAUGCAGUUCAGUGGCACCAGGGCUGAGGCCCUGGAGGAGUGUAGCAGUGCAGUACUCAGACUGAAGGAGUACCUGCCUGUCACCACACAGAGGGGGCCCCCACCACCACCACUCAGCUGCCCCCCAACACCCAAUCAGCCCCCUACCAAGACCACUGCACAGAAUCAACAGGCGGGUGCUGGGGAGGCUAUGGCUACUGAACCGGAGGUCGUCCAGGGCUCUUUAUCCAUCAAACGUCUUACCCAGCACUUCCUGGGCGAGCAUGGUCUGUCCCUGCCCCUGGUGUACCGCCACAGUGCUCUGUCCCGUGGGGAGCUGGAGCCCUUUGUCCGCUUGUGUCUCUUGGACCCCAGCUUCCCUGCCUUGGUGGAGGAGGUGGAGGGGGAGCUGAGGAAAGUGCUCCAGGACUGAGGAGCUGAAGCUCAUCAACAUAAACAGCCAGAGAGAGACAGGUCAACUCACUACACACAGUACACAUGUGGGAGGUGGGUUGUGGAAGAGUUGGGGGAUGUGUUGUUCUUCAUGCUGCUGAUUUUGUAAAUGUUUGCUGUAACAUAGUGACCAUUGUGUUGUAGGAGGAUAUUUAAACCGGCACAUGUUGUGGUUUCUAGAAAAGAUUUUCGAGGCAAAGAAACAAAAUGUAUUUUGGAGCCUUUUAUUUUCAAAAAUGUAUUGGUCUCGUAUGUUAUUGGUCUGAUGUUUUAUUGUGGCUAGAGAUACCGUAGCUCCUUCCAUUUCCACCCUAAUGUCAGUCCAUUUGCACUGCAACACACAUGGAUACACUGUAUUUAUAGGACAGGAGUCAUGCAGCUACAGCAGUGCAUUUUGCUAUACCAGCUUCCAAGUGAUCCCACAAUAUUAAAGCUUCACUGAGAAAACCAAACUACCCCCAAUAUAUCUAUAUAUGAAUACAUAUUGCAUAGGAUAAUAGCCAUGCUGUACAAUUUCAGAAAAAUAAAAAUUAAUGAAUUAAGUUGGGAAAUAUAAAAUGUAUUUUUUUCUUCACAUACAGUAUUUGCUAUUGUUUGAACACUCGUACCUCAACAUAUACAAGACAUCCUAAGUUACUCUGAAAAAUAAACACUUAAUUGUAAUUUUAUUUAUAACUAGAUAGAUAUAUAGUAGUCAUUUUCUAUAAUCAUUUUCAAGUAAAUACUGCCAGACUUUGAAUCCCUUGCAUCACAUUUUCACUAUAAUGGCUGUUAAGAGUGGACUUUCCUUUCACUAAAUCAAACAUAGUUUAAUGACAAUGAAUCAGCUGUACAAAGUUAUUUAAGAAUAUAACAGUAUUUUUCAGUUCAGGACAAUUUCAUAAAAAAACAUAAUUCCUUUGGAUGCAAAAUAGCCACACAGACAAGGGAAAACAACAAAGUCUAUUCUGGGCAUCCUAUUGAGUAAUAAUUUGCAUGCGUUUUACAUGAUAUGUAAUACAAAAAGGAUCACCUCUGGUUGGAGGACAUGAUAAAAUGAAUAAAAGAGACAUCAAACGGCACACAAAAAAAGAUGUGCACACCUUUCGUGAUGGAAUUAGUCAUCUCUCCGUCCAGGACUGUUCAUGUAAGACUGAAUAAGGCAUGCUUAAGACAGCCAUCUUGUUCUUUUCUGCCAGUGUUACGCUGUUAUUGUUUUUUCUCAUAAGAGAGAGAUGAGAUAUGCUUCAUUAAAAAUUGCCUGGAGCUCCCUCCUCAGAUACCUUCAUGUGGUCAAGAUAUGCAGUUAGUCAUCUGUUAAUGAAAAUCAGGGGGAGAAAGGAAUUAGUAUACCCUGUGCACAUGAUCACAUUCCUACAGUAUAUCACUUAGUUCAAUGUUGACUUCCAUAUGCCUUAGAUUCCUUUUUCUAAAGGACAGAAUACUCACUGUAACGAGUAGCUUCUCAUUUCGUAUUCCUCUGGCGCACGUUUUUGUCUUUGUGGUUGUUUGUCGAAUUUGUUUUCCUAGUGAAGAAAUACCAAGAGUUUAGUCAGUUCCAGGGGGAAAUUAUGAUAUGUACACUACCAUUCAAAAGUUUGGGGUCACUUAGAAAUGUCCGUUUUUGAAAGAAAAGCACAUUUUUUUUGUCCAUUAAAAUAACAUCAAAUUGAUCAGAAAUACAGUGUAGACAUUUGUUAAUGUUGUAAAUUAUUAUUGUAGCUGGAAACGGCAGAUUCUUUUAAUGGAAUAUCUACAUAGGCGUACAGAGGCCCAUUAUCAGCAACCAUCACUCCUGUGUUCCAAUAACACGUUGUGUUAGCUAAUCCAAGUUUAUAAUUUUAAAAAGCUAUUUAACUUCUUAUGGCUGCAGGGGCAGUAUUGAGUAGCUUGGAUGAAAGGUGCCCAGAGUAAACAGCCUGCUCCUCAGUCUCCGUUGCUAAUAUAUGCAUAUUAUUAUUAGUAUUGGAUAGAAAACACUCUGAAGUUUCUAAAACUGUUUGAAUGAUGUCUGUGAGUAUAACAGAACUCAUAUGGCAGGCAAAAACCUGAGAAGAAAUCCAAACAGGAAGUGAGAAAUCUGAGGUUGGUCGAUUUUCAACCCAGCCCCUAUUGAAUACACAGUGGGAUAUGGAUAAAGUUGCACUUCCUAGGGCUUCCACUCAAUGUGAACCGUCUUUCGAAACUUGAAUGAGGCUUCUACUGUGUUGUGGAUGGGAGCUCUUUGAGUCAGUGGUCUGGCAGAGAGCCAGGUCCUGGUCACGCGCAUUUCACAUGAUAGCGACCUGCGUUCCAUGGCUUCUCUACAGACAUAGGAAUUCUCCGGUUGGAACUUUAUUGAAGAUUUAUGAUAACAACAUCCUAAAGAUUGAUUCUAUACUUAGUUUGACAAGUUUCUUCGACUUGUAAUAUAACUUUUGGAAGUUUACGUCCGACGUUCGAAUGGACCUGCACAAGUGUUGAUUUGUGUACAAACGUGCUAACAAAAGUAGCUACUUGGACAUAUAUAAUGGACAUUAUCGAACAAAUCAAACAUUCAUUGUGGAACUAGGAUUCCUGGGAGUGCAUUCUGAUGAAGAUCGUCAAAGGUAAGGGAAUAUUUAUAAUGUGAUUUCUGAUUUCUGUUGACUCCAACAUGGCGGAUAAUUGUAUUUAUUUUCUGAGCGCCGUCUCAGAUUAUUGCAUGGUUUGCUUUUUCCUUAAAGUUUUUUUUAAAAUCUGACACAGCGGUUGCAUUAAGGAGAGCUAUAUCUAUAUUUCCAUGUCUAACAAUUGUAUUUAUCAACAUUUAUAAUGAGUUUUUCUGUAAAAUGAUGUGGCUCUCUGCAAUAUCACCGGAUGUUUUUGGAACUAGUGAACGUAACGCGUCAAUGUAUACUGAGAUUUUUUUUUUAUAGAAAUAUGAACUUUAUCAAACAAACCAUACAUGUAUUGUGUAACAUGAAGUCCUAUGAGUGUCAUCUGAUGAAGAUCAUCAAAGGUUAGUGAUUAAUUUUAUCUCUAUUUGUGCUUUUUGUGAUUCCUCUCUUUGGCUGGAAAAAUGGCUGAAUUUUUCUGUGAGUUGGUGGUCACCUAACAUAAUUGUUUGUGGUGCUCUCGCUGUAAAGCCUAUUUGAAAUCGGACACUGUGGUGAGAUUAACAACAAGAUUACCUUUAAACCGGUAUAAGAUACAUGUAUGUUUGAGGAAUUUUAAUUAUGAGAUUUCUGUUGUUUUUGAAUUUGUUGCCCUGCACUUUCACUGGCUGUUGUCAUAUCAUCCCAUUAACGGGAUUGCAGCCCUUUUAAUCAUUAGAAAACAGUUUUGCAAUUAUGUUAGCACAGCUGAAAACGUUUGUGCUGAUUAAACAAGCAAUAAAAUUGUCCUUCUUAAAGACUUGUUGAAUAUCUGGAGCAUUAGCAUUCGUGUCUUUGAUUAGAGGCUCAAAUGGCCAAAAACAAAUAACUUUCUAAAACUCAUCAGUCUAUUCUUGUUCUGAGAAAUGAAGGCUAUUCCAUGGUAGAAAUUGCCAAGAAACUGAAGAUCUCGUGCAAUGCUAUGUACUACACCCUUCACAGAACAGUGCAAACGGGCUCUAACCAGAAUAGAAAGACCACGGUUUACAGUUGCAAACCGUGGUCUGGCUUUUUAUAUGCUGGUUUUGGAGCAGUGGCUUCUUCCUUGCUGAGCGGCCUUUCAGGUUAUGUCAAUAUAGGACUUGUUUUACUGUGGAUGUAGAUACUUUUGUACCUGUUUCCUCCAGCAUCUUCACAAGGUCCUUUGCUGUUGUUCUGGGAUUGAUUUGCACUUUUCACACCAAAGUACAUUCAUCUCUAGGAGACAGAACACGUCUCCUUCCUGAGCGGUAUGACGGCUGCGUGGUCCCAUGGUGUUUAUACUUGCAUACUAUUGUUUGUACAGAUGAACGUGGUACCUUCAGGCAUUUGGAAAUUGAUCCUAAGGAUGAACCAGACUUGUGGAGGUCUACAAUUGUUUUCGUGAGGUCUUGGCUGAUUUCUUUUGAUUUUUCCAUGAUGUCAAGCAAAGAGGCACUGAGUUUGAAGGUAGGCCUUGAAAUACACCUCCACUAGACUGAAAUUAAGUCAGUUAGUCUACCAGAAGCUUCUAAAGCCAUGACAUACGGCUGCUAGAAUCCUGACUAGAACCAAAAAAAUGUAUCCUAUUACUCCAGUGCUAGCCUCCCUACACUGGCUUCCUGUUAAAGCAAUGGCUGAUUUUAAGGUUUUACUGCUAACCUACAAAGCAUUACAUGGGCUUGCUCCUACCUAUCUUUCCGGUUUGGUCCUGCCGUACAUACCUACACGUACGCUACGGUCACAAGACGCAGGCCUCCUAAUUGUCCCUAGAAUUUCUAAGCAAACAGCUGGAGGCACGGCUUUCUCCUAUAGAGCUCCAUUUUUAUGGAAUGGUCUGCCUACCCAUGUGAGAGACGCAGACUCGGUCUCAACCUUUAAGUCUUUACUGAAGACUCAUCUCUUCAGUGGGUCAUAUGAUUGAGUGGAGUCUGGCCCAGGAGUGUGAAUGUGAACGGAAAGGCUCUGGAGCAACGAACUGCCCUUGCUGUCUCUGCCUGUGCGUAUUAUGACAAUAUUAAAUAGCAAAGGCUUUGGUGCAGCCAGGGAAAUUGAAACUCAAUCACAGAGUUCUGACUUCUCCAACCAUGCCCAUUACAAGAUCCUCCUUCAUCUCCUUCUAUACUUUAAUAUCAGCCAUGUGUUUAUUCGGUCUCUGAUUGUAGUCAAUAUGACUGCCUGGGGAACUAUUGUGUUUUCUAUGGCAACAACAUCUUCCUGAUCUUCCUGUCUGGGUUGGCGCCCCCCCUUGGGUUGUGCGGUGGCGGAGAUCUUUGUGGGCUAUACUCAGCCUUUUCUCAGGAUUGUAAGUUGGUGGUUGAAGAUAUCCCUCUAGUGGUGUGGGGGUUGUGCUUUGGCAAAGUGGGUGGGGUUAUAUCCUUCCUGUUUGGCCCUGUCCGGGGGUAUCAUCGGAUGGGGCCACAGUGUCUCCUGACCCCUCCUGUCUCAGCCUCCAGUAUUUAUGCUGCAGUAGUUUGUGUCAGGGGGCUAGGGUCAGUUUGUUAUAUCUGGAGUACUUCUCCUGUCUUAUCUUCUCCGGUCUUCUCUCUUUCUCUCUCUCUGAGGACCUGAGCCCUAGGACCAUGCCUCAGGACUACCGGCCAUGAUGACUCCUUGCUGUCCCCACUCCACCUGGCUGUGCUGCUGCUCCAGUUUCAACUGUUCUGCCUGCGGCUAUGGAACCAUGACCUGUUCACUGGACGUGCUACCUGUCCCAGACCUGCUGUUUUCAACUCUCUAGAGACAGCAGGAGCGGUAUAGAUACUCUUAAUGAACGGGUAUGAAAUGCCAACUGACAUUUACUCCUGAGGUGCUGACUUGCUGCACCCUCGACAACUACUGUGAUUAUUAUUAUUUGACCAUGCUGGUCAUUUAUGAACAUUUGAACAUCUUGGCCAUGUUCGUUUAUAAUCUCUACCCGGCACAGCCAGAAGAGGUCUGGCCACCCCUCAUAGCCUGGUUCCUCUCUAGGUUUCUUCCUGGGUUUUGGCCUUUCUAGGGAGUUUUUCCUAGCCACCGUGCUUCUACACCUACAUUGCUUGCUGUUUGGGGUUUUAGGCUGGUACAGCUGAUGUAAGAAGGGCUUUAUAAAUACAUUUGAUUUGAUAACAUAAUUUUCUGCAAUUUUCCAACCUGUUUAAAGGCACAGUCAACUUAGUGUAUGUAAACUUCUGACCCACUGGAAUUGUGAUACAGUGAAUUGUAAGUGAAAUAAUCUGUCUGUAAACAAUUGUUGGAAAAAUUACUUGUCAAUGCACAAAGUAGAUGUCCUAACCAGCUUGCCAAAACUAUAGUUUGUUAACAAGACAUUUGUGGAGUGGUUGAAAAACGAGUUUUAAUGACUCCAACCUAAGUGUAUGUAAACUUCUGACUUCACCUGUAUAUACGGUGCAUUCGGAAAGUAUUCAGACCCCCUUUUUCACAUUUUGUUACUUUACAGACCUAUUGUAAAAUGUAUUCAAUAAUUUUUCAAUAAUGCAUCCUGUUUCCAUUGAUUAUCCUUGAGAUGUUUCUACAACUUGAUUGGAGUCCACCUGUGGAAGGAUUUUUUUUUUCAAAUUGUAAAAGCAUUGAAGGUCCCCAACAACAGCAGUGGCCUCCAUCAUUUUUAAAUUGAAGAAGUUUGGAAUCACCAAGAUUAUUCCUAGAGCUGGCCGCUAGGCCAAACUGGGCAACCGGGAGAGAAGGGCCUUGGUCAGGGAGGUGACCAAGAACCCGAUGUUCCUCCGGAGAUGGGAGAACCUUCCAGAAGGACAGCCAUCUCUGCAGCACUUCACCAAUCAGACUUUUAUGGUAGAGUGGCCAGAUGGAAGCCACUCCUCAGUAAAAAUGCACGACAGCUCGCUUGGAGUUUGCUAAGAGGCACCUAAAGGACUUUGACCAUGAGAAACAAAAUUCUCUGGUCUGAUGUUAGAUUGAACUCUUUGGCCUGAAUGCCAAGCGUCACAUCUGGAGGAAAACUGGCACCAUCCCUACGGUGAAACAUUGUGGUGGCAGCAUUAUGCUGUGGGUAUGUUUUUCAGCGGCAGGGACUGGGAGACUAGUCAGGAUCGAGGGAAAGAUGAACGGAGCAAAGUACAGAGAUCCUUGAUGAAAACCUGCUCAGGAUCUCAGACUGGGGGCAAAGGUUCACCAUCCAACAGGACAACGACUCUAAGCACAAAGCCAAGACAAUGCAGGAGUGGCUUCGGGACAAGUCUCUGAAUGUCCUUGAGUGGCCCAGCCAGAGCCUGGACUUGAACCUGAUCGAACAUCUCUGGAGUGACCUGAAAGUAGCUCUGCAGAGAUGCUCCCCAUCCAACCUGACAGAGCUUGAGAGGAUCUGCAGAGAAGAAUGGGAGAAACUCCCCAAAUACAGGUGUGCCAAGAAGACUCAAGGCUGUAAUCGCUGCCGAAGGUGCUUCUACAAUGUACUGAGUAAAGGGUCUGAAUACCUAUGUGAUAUUUCAGUUGUUUUCUUUUUAUACAUUUGCAAAAAUGUAUAAAAAGCUGUUUUUACUUUGUGAUUAUGGGGUAUUGUGUGUGUGGUUCAACUUUAGAAUAAGACUGUAAUGUAGAAAAUUGUGGGGAAAGUCAAGGGGUCUGAAUACUUUUCGAAUGUACUGUAUGUAUAUUGUUUUUAUUGUAGUCUCGAGAGAACAGAAUAUUUAUCAUACUUACGUUGGUGCGGCUGGCUCAUCAUCUUCGUCACAAGGGGAGAGAAGAGGGGAAAGAGCACAAAAACAAUGGAAUAUUAGACAACAUGGUCGUCCCUCAAGUGUCCAACACUGCUCUCAUAUUUUCUUUCAAAUGUUGAUGUUAACAUCUUAACUGUAAUUAAAUAUCAAAUGGAUUCAAUUAAAUGAUUGUUACAUGACUGUAGCAGUUAAAAAGUUAGUCAUAUCACGUCAGUGUGAACUAUUGCAAAUUUGCAACUGAUGUUAACAUUUUCAAUGUUUCGGUUUUCUUCAAGUUCCCUUGUGGAUCCCGCGGUAUGGGUCUUUUGCAUGGGUUGUUCCCAAGUUCCAUUUGUCAUUACAGAAUGCUGAAGUUAUAGGAAUAAAGUGAACUUUUUUUAAGUCUC